GUCCGCCGCCGGCCGCCUUGUGCCCCGCUCGUUCGUGCUGCGCUCCACGCUUCGCGAGUGUUCCCGAGUGAUGUCGACUUGUGACUAGUGCCAUGAUCGUGCUCCGUUGUGCCCUGCUCGCGGCGCUGCUCGCCCUUGCCGCCGCCGCCUGGCAGGAGAACGUCAGGCCCAAAGUCUUCGCGCAAUUAGGGGUCGAUGACACACACAAGUUCCUCGGAAAUGAGACUCACACAGACUACUUUAGAUUAUUAUUAAGAGAUGGGAACUAUUUAUUGGUCGGCAGCAGAAACGUAGUGUACAAUCUCAGCUUGACCGACCUAACAGAGCAGCGCCGCCUGGUGUGGUACUCUCCAUCUAACGACGUGCAGAUGUGCGUCGUCAAAGGGAAAGAUGAGGAGAGCUGUCAGAAUUACAUCCGCGUGCUUGUCUCGCUGGGCCCGGGGCGGCUGCUGGUGUGCGGCACGAAUAGCUUCAAGCCGUUCUGCAGGGAGUACAGCGUGCAGCGCGACUCCUACCACAUGGAGAGAGAGAAAUCCGGCCAAGCGGUCUGUCCGUACGACCCGGAUCACAAUUCCACCGCAGUCUAUGCUGAUGGUGAAUUAUAUUCGGGUACAGUUGCUGACUUCAGCGGUAUGGAGCCCAUCAUAUACAGGGAACCUUUACAAACAGAGCCAUAUGAUUCUAUGACAUUAAAUGCUCCCGACUUCGUGAACUCCUUGGUGCACGGUAACUUCGUGUAUUUCUUCUUUCGGGAGACCGCUGUCGAGUACAUCAAUUGUGGCAAGGUAAGUACUUAAUUUAUCUCCUUCUAUUCUUCUUACGUAUUAUUAGCAAGGAGGGACAGGAUUAAAAAGUCAAUCACAUCUGCAAUUAUCUAAUCUAUUUGGAACACAAAACUCUUUAUGUUUAACUAUUUGUUUAUUUUUAAACUUUCAGAGUCUACAACAGAGCUUAUAGAGGGCGUGUAUGGGGGACUCAAUGCCCAGUUGAUCUACGGCACAUUCACAACGCCACCUAACAGCAUAUCUGGCAGUGCCGUGUGCGCCUUCAGUAUGCAGGACAUCGCUGACACGUUUGAAGGAACAUUCAAAGAACAAAGUGCGAUCAACUCAAACUGGCUACCAGUAAACAGUGCUAAGGUGCCCGAGCCUCGCCCCGGCACGUGCAAUAACGACUCGCGGCAGUUACCCGACCAGACACUAAACUUCAUCAAGGCACAUGCCCUCAUGGACGAGUCCGUCCCCACGUUCUUUGGGGAGCCGAUAGUCAUAAGAACGAGUUUUCACUACAGAUUUACGCAAAUCGCAGUAGAUCCUCAAGUGAAGACGCCAGGGGGGAAGGCUUAUGAUGUACUCUUUAUCGGCACGGACAAUGGCAAGAUAAUAAAGGCAAUAAACGCGGUGUCGUACGACUCCAACAAGCGCGCGGUGCCGGUGGUGGUGGAGGAGCUGCAGGCGUUCGGCGCGGGGUCGCCGGUGCGCGCGCUGCGCGUGGCCCGCGCCGGCCGCGACGCCGCGCGCCUCAUCGCCGUCUCCGACCGCGAGGUGCUCAGUCUGCGCCUGCACCGCUGCUCCAGCGACAAGAUCAGCUCAUGCUCAGAGUGCGUGGCGCUGCAGGACCCGUACUGCGCGUGGGACAAGCAGGCGGGCCGCUGCCGCGCCUUCUCGCACGGCGUCAGUCGCUGGCUCGACGACACCGCCUUCUACCAGAGCGUCAGCACCGGCAGCCACGCCGCCUGCCCGCACAGUAAGGACGCGAGCGCAGUGGGCGGGCUGAGCUCGGGGCUGUACGACGACGCGCGCGGCGAGAGCAAGGGCGAGGUCAUCAACAUCGUGCAGGACAAGGACGGCAAAGGAAACACUAACAAUAACGAAGGCCCCGAGGUGCUGGCGGCGGACCCCGUGCCGGCGGCGUACUCCGUGGAGACGCUGGCGCUGGCGGUGGCGGCGGGCGCGCUGUGUGCGCUGGGCGCGGGCUUCGCGGCCGGCUACCUGUGCGGCCGCCGCUGCCGCAAGGACGACGACGACAACAUGCCCUACCCCGAUACUGAGUACGAAUACUUCGAACAACGGCAGAAUAUCAACAGAAUCCAAGCUGAGCCGAAGCUCCUCCAGCAAGUGGAGGAGGUGACGUACGCGGAGCCGGUGCUGGCGCCGCAGCCGAAGCCGGCGUCGCCGCGCGCCACGCUGCGCAAGCACGCGCCGUACCACGCGCCGCACGCACCGCACGCGCCGCACGCGCCGCACACGCCGCACACGCACCCCAACAUGCACGCGCACCCGCACCACGAGACGCUCUUCCAGUUCCAGCCAGACAACUACCGCCGCGACAACUUCGGCACGCUGCGCUCCCACCAGGGCGACGGCUACCGGCGCGGCAACGACAACGGCUUCUCGACCACGCGCUCAGUGAAGAAGGUGUACCUCUGAGAAACGAGCGGGGC